CAAUGAAAACUCUUCUCUUUACACUGCAGUUUUGUGUUACUAUACGUAUAUCGCAUCUUGCCUACAUUAAUAAUAGAAAAACAUCCAUAGAAGAGACAAAACAGUCUCUCCACGAGUGUCCAAAUUACUGCAUCUGUGAUAAAAUCCGUAAAGAGGCAGUCUGUACUGCGUAUUACAAGGGAUUUUUGUUAAAGGAUAUUCCUAGAGAUUACACAAUUAUAUCAUUAACUUUGUUUGGAGAAAUGGAUGCCAUUCCAAAUGAAAUAUUAGCAUCUCUUGGAGGACUUAAAAAUCUAGACCUCAGUCGAAACUCUAUACAAGGAAUGAUAAUUUUUAAUUUAAAAAAUCCUAAAUUAUUGAAUUUAUUAGACUUAAGUUCCAAUGAUAUAACAUUCAUAUCCUCAACUGCAUUUGAUGAACUUCAAAGUCUUCAAGACCUUUCUCUCAGCGAAAACAAGAUAGAAGAACUUUCCGCCACAUUAUUUCAAAAUCUGACAAAAUUAAAACGCCUUAAUCUUAGUUUUAACAGGAUUUCAGGACUUUCAGAUGGUAUAUUUGAUCAACUGAAAAUGUUGGAAGAGUUGAAUUUGAGAAAUAAUCAAUUGCACUGGAUUGCUGGAGAUAUUUUUCAAAACUUGAUUCGUCUGAAAUCCAUUAACUUGAGCGACAACAAAUUAUGGACGAUACCAAAGCAAUGGCUGCCUCUCUUUGGAAAACUGGAACAUGUAUCACUUUUCGGAAAUCGCUUGGACUGUUCUUGUGAAAUUACUGGCUUUCUAGAAUAUUUAAAAACAAACAGAAACACGACAGCUAAUAAAGAAUUGUUGACGUGUUCUCAUCCAAAAAGCCUUAAAGACACAAGAAUUUUAAAUCUCAGCAACAAGGACUUAAAAUGUGACGAACCUUUGAUUGGAGACAUUUCUGCUUCUCGCGUGGCUAUCAUUGGAUCCGAGAUAUCUCUAUAUUGCCAUACAGAAACCCACGGGGCAGGGUACUGGGUGACAUCCAAAGGCGCCAAAGUAGCAUCCAAGUACCACAUACAAUACCUUCUGAAACUUAACAUUACAGCCAUUCCAGAAAUAGACUACAAGUCCUCAAGAUCCAGUGAAUUAUCUUACAUCACAGUUUCUGAAAAUAAUACCUUGACAAUUAAGAAUUUUGUUAAUGGUCUCCAGGGGAAGUAUUUUUGUAAUUUUAUCAGUGAAAACGGAAAUGUCACGUCCAGUGUCGUUUUGGAAUCCAUGACAAAAUUAUUCGAGAUACAGUGGAUGUGCGUGUUCUUUGGGGUAGUUUGCGCUGGUAGUGUGCUUCUGUUGAGUAUAUUUAUUGGAACUAUAAAGAUGUGCGCGGUGCACAUAUGCAAAUGUGAUUGUGCACAACCACAGCUCAAAAAGACACAUCCUAAGAGUCAAUGUGACGAGGCUACCAAGCCCAAUUCUCUGAUUGUUUCCACAGAAAACAGCGAUGACGAAUAUUCAGACGCGGAUCCUCUUCUGAGGGAUGCAAAUGUAGCAGACGACAGAAACUCCUCACAUGACGGUGAGACCGCCACAGCAACGUCAGGCGUCAAAACAAAGCUGGGGAAGAAAAUAAAGAAAGUCCGUAGUCAAGUGAUUCUCUUUCGAGAGACGGUCAAAGACACCAGUAGCCAGGCUGCCAGUAAGGUCAAGGCGGGGGUGGUGAUGGGGGUGGAGCAGGUCAAGUUUGGAGUCAUGUCCAUGAAAGAGUUUUGUGGAGCCGGUGAGAUUGCUCAGACUGUUUCCAUCAUGUCUGUCAACACAGAUGUCGAUAGUGAAAAAACGUCUACACACAUCUCCAAAGUCACAACAUUUUGA